AUGUCUCGCACCGGCACCUGUUUCUGUGUCCUGUGCGGUUUACCGGCAGCGGGAAAAUCCAGCCUUGCUGAGGUGCUGCGGGGUCGCGCGCGGAGCCGUGGCUGGGACACGCUCCUGGUGACGUAUGACGAAUUGAUCCCUGCACGGAACUGGCGCGAGGCUGAAUGGAAGCAGCAAAGGAAGACAGUUCUGACGUGUCUGGAGAGAUUCCUGCAUCAGACACACACCCUAUCUGAUCAGACACACAAACACACAGACGAUGACGUCUGGAUGCACUUUCAGCAGAUACACAAGCAGAGCGAAUCCCAGACACAAACUCAGCCUCUCCUCGUACUGCUGGAUGAUAACUUCUAUUAUCAGAGCAUGAGAUAUCAAAUCUACCAGCUCGCCAGAAAGUAUUCAACAGGCUUCUGUCAGGUGUUCCUGCGGUGUUCGCUGGACGUUUGUCUCCAGAGAAACCAGCGGAGAUCCCUGCGUGUUCCUGAUGAAGUGCUGGUACAGAUGUCUGAACGGAUGGAGCCUCCAGACGAGAGCCGAAACUCUUGGGAGCAACAGAGCCUGACGGUGGACAGCACAGAUGAAGUCACAGAUGAAGAUGUUCAGAAGCUGAUGAACUUGUUGGAAUCUACAAUGGAAAACCCGUUAAGUCCCUUCCAGGAUGACUCUCAGCUCAAGGAGGCAGACAGACAGAUUUGUGCAGCUAACGUUCUCCACCAAGCUGAUCAGAUGUGCAGGCGGCUCAUUUCUCAAGCGAUGACGUCAGCUCGGGAGAAUCAGGCAUCUUCCGAUGUUCUUAAGGUUCUUGCUAAGGAGCUGAAUGUGUUGAAGACUCGUUUCCUUCAAGAGCUGAAGACGGAGCUCCAUCAUCAAGUUUCUCUCAGCCCAGAAGAGCCAAUAGAUAUAGAGAAACUUCUGAUGACAGCGGAGAGAGCAUUUAAGCGGGACACACAAAACUGCAUACAAACACAAAUAAAUGAACACUAGAGUUUGUACAGAU